CAUAGUCCGUAGCCUAUAAAUAUUCAAAGAGCAACUGUUGUUCAAAUCAAUACUUCGUCGUUUUCUAAUCAGCAACCCAUCUCCUCCAUUUCAAGUAAAGUACCCAGAUUAGAUUUGUAACCCCAAAAUUCUUCAUUUUCUCUAGAUCCCUUCCUUCGUUUCUCUUCGCCAUCGUUCUAUCAUGGUGCUCGAGGCAACGAUGAUCUGCAUUGAUAAUUCGGAAUGGAUGCGGAAUGGUGAUUACGCUCCCUCUCGGUUUCAGGCUCAGGCCGAUGCUGUCAACCUUAUUUGCGGAGCUAAAACUCAGUCUAAUCCAGAGAAUACAGUUGGAGUUUUAACAAUGGCAGGAAAAGGUGUUCGUGUUUUGGUCACUCCUACAAGUGAUCUUGGCAAAAUCUUAGCUUGCAUGCACGGCUUAGAAAUAGGUGGUGAAAUGAACUUGGCAGCUGGGAUCCAAGUAGCUCAGUUGGCGCUUAAGCAUCGACAGAAUAAAAAACAGCAACAAAGAAUUAUUGUCUUUGCUGGAAGCCCUGUCACGCAUGAUAAGAAGGUGUUGGAGAUGAUUGGAAAGAAGUUGAAAAAGAAUAGUGUAGCACUUGAUAUCGUAAAUUUUGGUGAAGAUGAUGAAGGGAAGAAAGAGAAGCUUGAAGCACUUCUUACUGCUGUUAACAAUAAUGAUACAAGUCAUAUUGUUCAUGUUCCUGCUGGUCCUAAUGCUCUCUCUGAUGUACUUAUAAGUACCCCCAUCUUCACUGGGGAUGGGGAAGGUGGAAGUGGUUUUGCAGCAUCGGCGGCAGCAGUUGCAGCUGGUGGCGUCUCGGGUUUCGAGUUCGGUGUGGAUCCCAGCCUUGAUCCUGAACUGGCCCUUGCUCUUAGAGUUUCAAUGGAAGAGGAGAGAGCCAGGCAAGAAGCAGCUGCUAAAAAGGCAGCAGAGGAGGCAUCAGAACAAGAUGUGACAAUGACUGAACGUUCCAGUGAGGGACCUUCAGGAGCUGAUAAUAAGAAAAAUGAAAUUCCAGAUGAUGAUAAUACUUUACUACAGCAGGCUCUUGCGAUGUCAGUGGAUGAACCUGCCUCUACCCAAGAUUUACAGGAUACUGAGAUAUCAGAUGCAGCUGCUGAGGAUCCAGAGCUAGCAUUAGCUCUUCAAUUAUCUGUGCAAGACAGUACAAAAGAUUCAUCUACUGAGGCAGAUAUGAGUAAGCUGUUGGCAGACCAGUCCUUUGUAUCUUCCAUCCUUGCAUCGCUUCCCGGGGUAGAUCCAAAUGAUCCUUCCGUUAAGGAGGUGCUUGCUUCCAUGCAAAAUCAGUCAGAGUCCCAGCAGAAGCAGGAUGAGGACCAGGCACCAGAAAAGAAGGAAGGGAAGUGAUGUUUGUUCAGAUUUGUUUCUCCUUCAUGUUGCACUUUUUGAUUUUGCUCAACACACUAUACAUAGCGACCAUCAAUGCAUGCUAUAUUUUUUUGUGGUCUUUUUUUAAAAAAAAAUUAGUCCCUUUGUGCAGAUUUGGAAGCUCUUCGUUGUAGCCACCAAGAUGGAUGGUGAUGGUGUUAUUAUUUGUUUCAAAGGGUUUGUAAGCGCUUCAGUAAUUUUCAUUGAAAUGCGUCUCAUUCAUGUUUCCACCAAUUCUAUAUAAUAUAUAUGCAGUACAGGGUGACUAUAUUCUUAUAGCUGGAAACUUAUUUGCAAUGGCAUCAUUUUCUCGCAA